AUGUCGAAGGUCCCCCGUAAUUUCAAGCUACUGGAGGAGUUGGAAAAGGGCGAGAAGGGUCUAGGACCGGACUCGUGUUCGUACGGGCUCGCCGACCCCAAUGACAUCUCCAUGACGAACUGGAACGCCACCAUCCUUGGCCCGCCCAACUCGAACCACGAAAACAGAAUCUACUCCUUGCGAAUCACCUGCGGCAAGGACUACCCGGACCAGCCGCCCGUGGUGAAGUUCAUCUCGAAAAUCAACCUUCCGUGCGUGGACAAGACGAACGGCAGCGUGCUCCCAGACAGCUUCAGAACCUUGUCCAACUGGUCCCGGUCGUACUCGAUCGAGAUCGUCUUGUUGGACCUCCGCAAGUCGAUGGCGGACCCGCACAACAAAAAGCUGCCCCAGCCAAAGGAGGGUGAGACCUUCUGA